AUGUUGGAACGUCAAGAGAUGAUCUACUGCGGUGCCUGUGGCAUGCCACCAGAAUACUGCGAAUGGGGUCCUGACUACGAGACGCACUGCCUUCCGUGGCUCAAGAAACACCAUUCCGCCCUCUUUGAGGAAUUGGCAGAGAAACGAGGGACUCCUGCUGCUUCUGCUGGUGAUGCCAAGGACGAAAAACCCGUCAAGCAACGACCCGAGGCACCUUGGACCACAGAGCAACGAUUGAUGGAAUUUUACAAACAGUACGAACCAAACAAGCUAGACAAUGUACCCGGAUUGCUCGAAAAAUAUGCUGGCAAAGAAGAUAAAUUGUUUCAGGCACUCACCAAAAAGUACGGCCCAGAACCAGAUGAUCCCUAUUAUGAUGACAGUGAAGAUGAAGAAGAGGACGAUGAGGAAGAAUUGGAGGAGGACAUGGCCAACGUUACUCUGUCCGCAGCCGACAAGAAAAAACGACGUGGAGCCGGAGCCAAAAAGAAAAAGAAGGGUGAUGGAAGCGGUCCUCGUGUCGUUGUGCAAAAACGAGCCCAGAACAAACGCAGAAUCUUGACGGUCAUCAUGGGAAUGGAGACGGUAGAAGAUGUCAAACUCAAGGAUGUCAGCAAGGCAUUCAGUAAACGAUUUGCCGGAAGUUCCAGUGUCAAGGAUGGAGUACCAGGGCCUAGUGGCAAGUCCGCCAAGGAAAUCAUCAUUCAAGGAGAUCACCUAUACGAUGUGGCAGAAAUGAUUGUCGACAAGUUUGGAGUUCCAGAUACGGCCGUCUUUCUCGAUAUUGAUGGAGACGUGGUGCCAUUGAGGUAG